CCACCCCUCUCACCUCCACCCCCCCUCCCGUGAGAGCCGUCGGAUCAGCUGACCGGGAUCUCUGACAUUUCCAUCGCCUCACAGUUAUGAUAAUUAAACUGUAACUGUUAUCGGAGCUCCACAUUAAACACGUUAAUUUGAGUUUAAACGCAGGAGGCGCUGUGUCCCCCAGCGCUGCUCCCUCUGUUCCGUGUUCACUGCUUCCCGCCCGCUGCCCGCCGCCAUGACUGAGUUCUGGCUGAUCUCUGCCCCCGGGGAGAAGACGUGCCAGCAGACCUGGGACAAGCUGGUAUCCGCCACCCGCAACAACAACCUGUCCACCAACAACAAGUUCAACAUCCCCGACCUCAAGGUGGGAACCCUGGAUGUCCUGGUGGGACUCUCGGAUGAGCUGGCCAAGCUGGACACCUUUGUGGAGAGUGUUGUGAAGAAGGUGGCGCAGUACAUGGCAGAUGUUCUGGAAGACAGCCGAGACAAAGUCCAGGAGAACCUGUUGGCCAACGGAGUGGAUCUGGUCACCUACAUCACAAGGUUUCAGUGGGACAUGGCAAAAUACCCCAUCAAGCAGUCGCUGAAGAACAUCUGUGAAAUAAUAUCGAAGCAAGUCACCCAGAUUGACAACGACCUCAAGUCAAGGGCCUCGGCCUACAACAACCUGAAGGGAAACUUGCAGAACCUGGAGAGGAAGAAUGCGGGAAGCUUGUUGACCAGGAGCUUGGCUGACAUUGUGAAGAAGGAGGACUUUGUUCUGGAUUCGGAGUAUCUGGUCACCUUGCUGGUUGUCGUCCCAAAGACAAAUUAUGGUGACUGGCAGAAGACAUACGAAACAUUAGCCGAAAUGGUGGUUCCAAGAUCCACCAACCUUCUGUUCGAGGACCAGGAGAGCGGCUUGUUCAGCGUGACCCUCUUUAGGAAGGCCAUCGAUGACUUCAAACACAAGGCGCGAGAGAACAAGUUCACCGUGCGGGACUUCCAGUACAACGAGGAGGAGAUGAAAGCCGACAAGGAGGAAAUGACACGGCUCUCCACUGACAAGAAGAAGCAAUUUGGCCCACUUGUCCGAUGGCUGAAAGUGAAUUUCAGUGAAGCUUUCAUUGCCUGGAUCCACAUCAAAGCGCUCAGGGUGUUUGUGGAAUCCGUCCUGAGGUAUGGACUGCCAGUCAACUUCCAGGCCAUGCUAUUGCAGCCCAACAAGAAGAACAUGAAGAAGCUGAGGGAGGUCCUGAAUGACCUGUACAAGCACCUGGACAGCAGCGCUGCCGCCAUCAUUGACGCGACCAUGGACAUCCCAGGCCUGAACCUGAGCCAGCAGGAGUAUUACCCCUAUGUGUACUACAAAAUCGACUGCAACCUGCUCGACUUCAAAUAAACCCUCUGAGCCGCCAACUUGCGUUCCUUCUAUUAGAUGUCUCACGUGGGACUCAGAUUAAUUGUGGAUAUAUAUAAUUUAUAUUUUCCUCUUUUGUUUGGGUGAACGCAACGCUGACACGCUGGUUCUGUGUGGUGCAGACGCCUCUCGCUGCCAGAUCAUCCCCCAAGAAGCAUAUUCCUUCCUGUGCAAUUUGUCAGUUGUUCUGUUGUCAUCUCUGUGUUCCGUUUACAUUUUUUUUUUAAAGGACAUAAUCAAAUUACGUGCAAAUGUGUUGCAAGGGUUGCGUUCUUGUCUCCGGUUGGUUGCUUAUUUAAAAAGACUAAACAUGGUGCAUUUUUAAUCAUUGCGCAUCUGCGUAGUUUUGCGGCGACGGGGUCUCCAGCUGGACCCGUGUUUAUUUAUUUUUGCGCCAGGUCUUUCUGCUCCCUGGCACAAGCGUAUUUGCUGUAUUUCCUGAAGCUGUGGUUCAGUGGAGCAACAAAACAAUUGUGGUACUGAAAAGCAAUAUGUGUGGUGCUGUUCCAUGUCUGUAUAUUUUGUGUUUUAAAAAAAAAAAAAGG